ACUCAAUACUCGACAUCAUGCUCAUCAAACAAACGAUGCAGUCAACAUUGACAAAAACCAUUCUUGGUAAAUGGCAACAACUCACAACUGUUCGUUUUGUAUCUGAAUCGAAUCAACAUUCUAUUCCACCACAAACCUCUGCAGCAACUUUGAGUAUUCAACCAACUCAGUCUCAAGUACCAAAAGAAGUAAAAAAACGACUGCCAGUACAACUUGUUGAAACUGAUUUGGUCGAAAAGUUUACUAAAGGAUCUGGUCCAGGCGGUCAGAAGAUUAACAAGUGUAAACAUUCUGUUCAGUUAUGGCAUACACCAACGGGAUUAUUUGUCGAGACACAAAGGUUCAGAGAACUUGCAUCCAAUCGUAGAGAAGCAAGAAAGCUUUUGCUACUGAAACUGGAUCAGCAGAUUAAUGGAGAUGUAUCCAAACUGGCAGUUAAACUUGACAAACAUCAUAGACGAGUUGCUAAACAGAAACAACGAUCAAAGAAAAAAUAUGGUGGAUUGAAUGGAUCACCUCGAGACAAGACUGAUGAUGAUGAAUCGGUUUAGUCAAAAAAGCAUUUCUAUCAGCUCUGAUCAACUUAUAGAUUCAAUGUAUUUAAUAAAAGUUGGUA